GAUUAUAUAGUUCAUCCAUAAAAAUUAGCCGUUAUAGGUGGUAGACACAUACUUGAUAAUAUGGUGAUAUCAUAUGAACUAGUGAAGGGAUAUUCUCAAAAGGGGAUAUGACAGAUUUACCAUUAAGGUGGAUAUAAGAAGGCACAUGGCCCAGUGGAGUGUCAUUUCUUAAAGAUGCUGCUGGUGGAAUAUGGUUUUCCUACUCAACUGGUCCAAUUGAUCAUAGAAUGUGUAUUUAUAGUAUAAUAUGCAUUGUUGAUUAAUGGUUGACUAACUCUAAUAUUUUUAAGAAAAUAAAGGACUAAGAAAAAGGGACCCCAUGUCUCCUUUAUUAUUUGUGUUAGCUACAGAAUUAUUUUCAUUGAACAUUGAAGAAACUUAGGUUUAACCCCCAAUUUAACUAUCAUCCUAGAUGUGAUAAGCUGGGAAUUUUCCAUAUUUGUUUUGUUGAUGGUCUUCUCAAGAGUUGUAGGGAUGAGGAAAUCUCUAUCAAUCUAUUAUUUGAUAUAUCAACCCCUUUUCAACUGUAUUUGGCUUGCAGGAAAACAUGGAGAAAAGUUCAUUAUAUAUUGCUGGGAUUUCAUCAUACCUUUAAAAAUGGUUGCUGAGGGAAUUGAAUUUACCACCAGGUUCGGACGUUCAAGUUUCAGAUCGUACUUAGCAGCCCAGGCUAUCAACAACAGAUAUAGUGAACAUGCCUCCGAGAAAGACCAAUGGAAAAAGAACUGGGAACCAGCUAGCACCUCCUCCCAUCAGAAAGAUCCCCUAAAUGAGCACAUUUCUCACGUAGAAUUCAGAGUAGCUUUCACCAUUCUAGCUCUAUAGCAGCCCAGAAUGAACGCCCAACUACUAUUCAGGAUAACCCAGUGGCUAAUACCGCUGUAGCUAAAAUUCAGUACUUUACUCGAAUGAACCCUCCUUCAUUUUCAUGGUCUAAGUCUGAAGAAAACCCACAUAAAUUUCUUGACAUGGUGAAUAAGGUAAUAGAUAUUAUGGGGGUAACCACUAGUGAAAGUGUUGAGUUAGCUGCAUAUCAGUUACAGGAUGAAUCUCACACAUCAUUUAAGCAGUGGAAGGUAGAUAGAGGCACAGAUACAGGGCCCAU